CCCCCAGCCUCCAAGACAACCUUCCACUUCGCCGCCGGCCUCUGUUCGGGCCUCACCUCCUCCAUCCUCCUGCAGCCGGCCGACCUCCUCAAGACCCGCGUGCAGCAAUCGCAGAGCGCCUCCCUUCUCCCGACCCUCCAAGCGAUCCUCUCCUCCCCGCACCCGAUCCGCGGCCUAUGGCGCGGCACCCUCCCCUCGGCCCUGCGCACGGGCUUCGGCUCCGCCCUGUACUUCACCAGCCUGAACGCCCUCCGCCAAGGGCUGGCCCAGACCCAGAUGCCCCUCGUCCUUGCCAGUAGUCCCAGCAGCAGCAGCAGCAGCAGCAGCAGCAACCCCACAACCAGCAAAUCCUCCUCCUCCUCCGCCCUCCCCAAGCUCUCCAACUCCGCCAACCUCGCCACCGGCGCCGCGGCCCGCGUGGCCGCGGGCUUCGUCAUGAUGCCCGUGACCGUCCUCAAGGUCCGCUACGAGUCGGACUUCUACGCCUACCGCAGCCUGCUCAGCGCGGGCCGGGACAUCGUGCGCACCGAGGGCGUGCGCGGCCUGUUCAGCGGCUUCGGCGCCACCGCCGCGCGCGACGCCCCCUACGCCGGCCUCUAUGUGCUGUUCUACGAGCAGCUGAAGCGCCAUCUGGCCGCGCUGGCGAGUAGUCGCGCUGCUGCCGCCGCCGCCGCCACCGCGGCGGAGGGACAACAGCAGCAGCAGCCGCCGCUGCGGUCGACUUCGUCCUCGUCGAUCAAUUUUGUUUCCGGGGGGUUGGCUGCGGGUCUGGCCACGGCGAUCACGAAUCCGUUCGAUGCGGUCAAGACGCGCCUGCAGCUCAUGCCGGGCCGGUACGGCAAUAUGAUGCGGGCGGCGAGGCUAAUGGUCCGCGAGGACGGGGUGCGGAGCUUGUUCGGCGGGCUGGGGCUGCGCAUCACGAGGAAGGCCCUCAGCUCCGCGCUCGCCUGGACGGUGUACGAGGAGCUGAUCCUGCGCGCUGAGGUGCAGUGGGCCGCGCAGGGAGAAUCACGCUCAUGA